AUGGGGAAGAAAAAGGAUAUCUGCUGCCAAAAAGAGUGAAAUGGUUCAAUGCCUUGGACGACGUAUGAAAACAUUAGAUAUUUCACGAAAGCAUGAGCAUCGCACUAUUAAGAGAUUUGUGGCUGAUUCAGAGCAGAGAUGGGUUCGUGCAGAGAUGAGUACAGGUGCUAAAAAAUACCAUUUACAUAGCAGCAAACAGAUAUUUGAAGCUGCCGAAAAAUACAUGAAGACUAAUUUUCAAACAGUCCUGUUCAUUGAUGAGUGCCAUGCAACCCUGGAUGGUCCAGAUGGAGUAGUGCAUGGUUGGUGGAUGGUCACCCUGUUCCAACAAGGCUGAGAUGUCAGCAAGGCGGUGGUGGAGUCAUGUCUUGG